AUGGCGCCGACAACGUCGCCCUUUCGCCUUUGCGUCGUCGCCGCCGUCGCGGCGCUGUGUGUCGACGGCACACUGGCCGGCGUGGCCAAGGCGCCGGAGAGCUCAUGUCGGAGGACGACGGUGGCCAUCCUGGGAGGAGGCAUGGCCGGCAUCGCCGCAGCGCAAGCACUUCACAACGCCUCGGUGACCGACUUUGUCAUUGUCGAGUAUCAGAAUCGGAUCGGCGGACGGGCCAUCGACAGCCAAUUCGGCCGCCGGCCGGACGGCUCGCCCUACACCAUCGAGCUCGGCGCCAACUGGCGUCGGUUCUUGGCUUACGAGGCAACCAACGGGCAGAUUCAGGGGCUCGGGAACCCCGGCGGUCCAGAAAAUCCCAUCUGGAGCCUGGCUGACCUUGACCGUUUUUGCCCGGCGGCACCAAAGGCGAAGAAGCACAAGCUGGCCAAUACGCCGUCAAACUACAGCUCGAUCCUGACCUACGACGAGACGGGCGCGUCCGACUACGGCCACCUCCUCGAGGCCUACGAGGCGGCGGCGAGGAACAUGACGGUCGAGGCCGGCCGGCUCCUGGCUGAGAACCUGCAGGACCAGAGCGCGCGGAGCGGCCUGUCGCUCGCCGGCUGGAACCCCCGGCACGACGACAUGGCGGCGCAGGCGGUCGAGUACUGGAGCUGGGACUGGGAGACGACGGUGCCGCCCGAGGUGUCGUCGAUGAUCUUUGGCGCCGCCGGCAACAACCUCACGUUUCGCCAGUUCAGCGAGGACAACAACCUCGUCGUCGACGCGCGCGGCUACCGGGCCAUCAUCGAGGGCGAGGCGGCUACGUUCCUGACGGCCAACGACACGCGCCUGCGCCUCAACGGCAGGGUGACGAGCAUCUCGCACGACGAGGCGGGCGUGGUGGUGCGCAGCGACGACGGCAGCUGCCUCUCGGCCGCCUACGCCCUCUGCACCUUUUCGCUCGGCGUCCUGCAGCACGGCGACGUCGAGUUUGCGCCGGCGCUGCCGACGUGGAAGCAGCGGGCGGUGCACAAGUUCUCCAUGGGCACCUACACGAAAAUAUUCUUCCAGUUCGACGAGACGUUUUGGCCGACGGACAAGGAGUACUUUCUCUACGCGUCGCCGACGACGCGCGGGUACUGGGCGCAGUGGCAGUCGCUCUCGACCGACGGCUUCCUGCCGGGAUCCAACAUCCUCUUCGCCACCGUCACGGGCGACGAGUCGUACCGGCUCGAGCAGCUGAGCGACGACGAGGCGAAGCUCGAGGGCCUCGCCGUGCUGCGGCAGAUGUUCCCCGACAGGACGGUGCCGGAGCCGACGGCCUUUACCUACCCGCGGUGGACCAAGACGGCCUGGUCGCGCGGCAGCUACUCCAACUGGCCCGUCGGCACGACGCUCGAGAUGCACCAGAACCUGCGGGCCAACGUCGGCCGCCUCUGGUUCGCCGGCGAGGCGACGAGCGCCGCCUACUUUGGCUUCCUCCACGGCGCCUGGUUCGAGGGCCGCGAGGCGGGCGAGCAGAUUGCCGGCCUGCUGCGAGACGGAUGCGGCCGGUCGGCCGAGGCAGCCGGCGAGCGGCGGUGCGGCGCACGCGUCCACUACGAGACGCUCCACGGCACGUCGCCGCUGGCCAGCUACAACGUGCUGAACGGCUGGGCGACGAGCAGCUUCUACGCGAGCAAGGCGAGCGCGCAGUAG